CGCCGCGGCUCCGCGCUGGGACUGGUCCUUUCGCAGCCAUUUUCCGUCCAACCAAACAGCCGUCUGAGGCAGGGAACCAACCAGGGCUUCAUUGCAGAUGGACGGGGACAGCUCCACCACCGACGCCUCCCAGCUGGGCAUCACUGGAGAGUACAUGGCCUCCAGCCACUACGUGCUGCAGUCUCAGGACGAUGACGGAGAGGAGAACCUGAACGACCAUGAAGACGGCGGCGUGAAGGAGAACUACAGAGAGCAGGACAUUUACCUCCCCAUCGCCAACGUGGCUCGGAUCAUGAAGAACGCCGUUCCUCAGACCGGGAAGAUCGCGAAGGACGCCAAGGAGUGUGUGCAGGAGUGUGUGAGCGAGUUCAUCAGCUUCAUCACGUCGGAGGCGAGCGAGCGCUGCCACCAGGAGAAGAGGAAGACCAUCAACGGCGAGGACAUCCUGUUCGCCAUGUCCACGCUGGGCUUCGACAUGUACGUCGACCCGCUCAAGCUCUACCUGCAGAAGUUCCGGGAGGCCAUGAAGGGCGAGAAGGGGAUCCCCGGGGUGGCGGUGGGAGAAAGCCUGGGCGAGGACCUCACAGACGACAGCUUCACGAACCCGCUGCCGGCGGGGAUCAUCACGGCGGACGGGCAGCAGCAGAACGUCAUGGUCUACACCACCUCGUACCAACAGAUUCCCACCGUGCAGCAGAUCCAGUUCUCGUGACGAGGCCCCGCACCGACGCCCCGCCGAGCCCGGGGAGCCCGGCGACGGCUGCACGACCUCUGACCCCGCCGGCGCGAGGCAGAGGGCCCGGAGACGGACAUGGAGGGGGGAGGGGCUACAGAGAUCACUACCUGUCCAGUAGAGAGUUUAGUUCUAGAUGUGAGGAGAGACGCUCCGCAGCCGCCGCCAAAGCAAGGCUCGUCUUCCUCCAUGAUUUACUUAGUGGUGGACUUCCUGUGUGUGUGAGUGUGUGUGUGUGUGUGUGUGUUGAUGUGUCAUGGUUUGUUUUCGUGGGGGGGUGCUUGGUUUCUGGACCGUCUGGACACGGCGGUGUUUCUGUCACCACAUCAGCUCUUUUUGUACGCCGACGCCAGUUUACAUUGUGACGUAAAGAUCCGGAAAUCCUGGGAAUAAAAACCCGCCAGUGACGUCC